CCACAAUCGAAUAAUGUACGAUUCAUUUGCAUAAACAGUUACAAACUAGCUACAAUGGCGCUGGAUUGGCAAGAUGUGAUCAUGUGAAUGCCAUGAAAGAGAGACGACUGGGUACGAGUCAGACACUCUUGUAAGAACCGUUCCGCCAUCUUGGAUAUUUCUUGCUAGUUUUUCAAAGAAAAUAUACUAAAAUACCGACAUUUCUCUGCAAGAAUGGAAAAUGAGUAUGGAAUUUAUGUAGAGGCAAGCAUCCGUGGUUAUCAUGCAUAUUUUCAAACUUCAACUGUUUACAUUGGUGAGAUACUGACUUGUGAAGUGGAACCCGACAAUGAAUAUGACAAAUACGCUGUGGUAGUUAAGAAUGAAGAUGGCUACACUGUAGGGCAUGUUCCAAUCGAAUUGUCAAAAAUCUUUCACAAAUUUUUAGUGGACUAUGGUGAACUUGAGGCUGAAUGCAUUGGGAGUAAAUACAAUGAAGGGGAAGGCAAAGGUCUAGAAAUACCAGUGGACUAUAAACUUAUUGGAAAUGCUGGUUAUCUGGAACAACUUCUUAAAAAGCUCAAGAAAAUUGAAAUAUCUAGCAACUGGAAACUUACUGAUAUCAUAAAAUUAAGUUAGAUUCCUUACUUCUUCACUUUUGUACUGGACAUUGUCAUUUGUUUUUACUGUUUAUGUUAAUAUGGUUGAUGCAUAGCGUAUAUUUUAUACCCAUCAAGUACUGAGUGAACAAAGGGCCAUCAUGAUGUAAGUUUUUUGAAUAUAGUUAUGCAAGUUGAA